AGUUGCUGUCAUCCGCAAGUUAUCAUAAAAGCAUAAAAACAUGGCGCUGGCAACAUAGUUUACGUUUCAAAAAAAAAAUUGUAGUUUUGCAUGAUUAUAGUCCGAAAUUAAUACAAAAUCCCGCGAUUAAACAUGAGUGAGGUAUGCUGCCGGUGUAAUUUACCAAAGGAACCCCAUAAACACAACCAAGAAUCAGCAUCUUUUCGCUACAUUUGCCGCCUUUGCUUGAUGCGGGCGGAAGACACGGAACCGAUUUUCAUCCACCCCGGGGACAGCUCUUUGGCCGAGAAGAUAUUUGCUUGCACCGGUGUUCAGAUAAGCGAGAAUGUUACUGUUGGUCCUACUUCAAUUUGCAUGAAUUGCAAGACAUCCGUGUACAAAAGCUAUCAGUUUCUGGAGCUGUGCCAACGAAAUAAUAAAAUAAUCCAAAAUUUAUUGGCCAGUCAAGAAAAGCCUCCUGCGCAAAGUUCCACAUCUACCGGUGGGCAGCUAAAGAUUGUGAUACGAACCAAAAGCACCAGUCAAAUCUCUCCAGUUUCUCGUAAGCGAAGCAAUUCGCGACGAAAAUCUACUCAGAGUAGAUUGGAAGAGUCCACAAGUGCGAGUGAAAUUUCCUGGAGUGAUAGCGAUGAAGAAAAGGAUGACGAUGGCGAAGAUGAUGAGGACGAGGUCCUCCCGAUUCGACAGCUGGCAUACGAAACCGAUACUCCCCUGGAAGAGUCUCCUAAAAGGCGUAGGAUGAGUUCGCCCAAAGAAAAUCGAGUUCCUUCUCUAGUGAUACCUCGGGCACGGUUAAAUGGAGGAAAUACCCGGAUGAGUGGGUCUACCGAGAGCUCGAUUAGUCGAAGUUCUUGCGCAUCCAUAUUAGAACCACUGAAGAACGAUGAUCUCUUUAAAUGUGAGUUUUGUAACAAUUCCUUUCCAUACCAAAUACAAAUCCAGCAACACAUGGACUUAUACCACUCGGACAGAAAGCAUGAACUGUCGUGUAGAUUCUGCUCCAAGAUUUACCUUACAACCGCCGCUCUGCGAAAGCAUAAUGAAGAGAAGCAUGCAGCGAAGGUGAUUGAAUGCAAGUUAUGCCAACGUUUCUUCACCAGUCCAUCAGGUCUUCACCAACACUAUCGAUCUAUUGUCCACCGGGCAGCAACUGGAGAAGCAGUUUAUCCCAGGAGGCGAAACUCUUGUGUGAGUUAUGGUUACACUAGUCCUGCCCGCCGAAAUUCGGUCAAUUCCGAUUAUGGAAGCGAAUAUCCAUCUGGCGGAAAUUCCUGUCGAAAGGAUUCCCGCAACGCUUCGGCAGAUGACUAUAAUCCCUACGAUAACUCGUAUUACGACGAGAUCGCCAGGUACAAGUGCGACUAUUGUGAUCAAAGCUUCGAUGAUCGGGAUACGCUUGGCCAACACAUUGCCGUCCGGCCGUGUCGUGUUGAGCUGGAACCUCUCGAUCUAGAUCUGCUGCUGGAAAGAAUGGAUCUAGACGAGCUGCUGAUGCCCUUGAACCCCGUUCCCGACGUGACGAUCAUCGAGCCGCCCAUUGAAAUAGUUGACCUGACUUAGCGUCCCGCCAUUUGGAACAGGUUUGAGAAUCGGACUGACAAUAGGGCAAACAAGAUGAAAAAUUUACUGUUUCAUGUACAAAAACUUACGGCUAAGAGAGAUGCAUGUUGAAUCUAUAUUUUAUAAGUGCAAACGGCAGGCAUGUCAUUACUAUUAGUAAAUCGACCAUAAGAUAGGUUUUGAACUUUAUUCGCAAUAUUAUUUUCAGUAUUUGUUCUAGAACAUCUCCGCGCCGUUUUUAUUUGCAUAUGAGAGUCAAUUUCUUUAAAUUUAUUUUAACCGUGACAUGCUCUAUUACUGUUACCCUUGAUUGAAACCUUGAGAAAAAAAUAAUUAGCUGUGAUUUAUAUCUUCGUUGAGCUAAUAACUAAUAAUAUCUCUAAACAUUUAUUUGUCAUAUUCAUAAAUCAUAAGAACCAAAUGCUGGGACGUGAUGGUUAAUGCUUACACGGAGAAAACGGAAAACACAUAUUUGAGUAUUUUUCAACUUACUUUUGAGUUAUUUUUCUCUCCCUA